AUGCAAAUUAUCUCCGUUGCCAUUGACACCCUUCUGACGACCGCCAGCGCCAUCAGAAUCAUCAAGCCCGCAGCCGGUGACACUGUUAACUGCAACCAACCAUGGCAAGUGUGCUGGACUGCCGUUGAGGAAUUUCCUCCCCAGAUCGUUGACCUCCUCAACCGAACGUCCAUCACAACUGAUGAUGGGGGCUGUGUGACGAUUCCUCCGCCAAGCUGUCCCUCCCCCCUUCGCACGACUCCAUAUCGCGUCUGGGCCGCUUCCUGUGCCGACCCCAACACUAUUUACGCCUAG